UCACGUAGUGUCUUUCUCCAGAUCCCACCCUUUCAAUCCGAUUCUCUCUCUCUGCCUGAAAGCCUGUUUUUCACAAUAUAUGUCGGGACUUCAUAAGGACAGAUCACGCUUGGUUUUACUGCCGAAUCGGGCUGUUUAUCAGUACACUGGUGAAGUGCGUGGAUUUUCCAUUUAUUAAUCACCGAUUCUGGAAGUGGUGCUACACAGCUUCCCCAGGCGGUCCCGCAGUGACCUCGCUCCAGGCAGUGGUAUUCAGCCGAGUCCCAGCACCGCAUCCCGAUGUAAAUAAAAGCAACAUUUACAUUGUUUUGCUUUUAUUGGAGAAGCUCGCACGUGCAUUUUUAUUUAAAUAUCCUCAUCGCACCAGCUAAGGUAGUAAGGAUAGCCGGAGGUCGAAGACACUGCGUUAAAUUGAAAAGCCCAGUUGCGACACCAUCUCCGGAUAUCAGCAUAAACAAGAAAGAAAAUAACAGAACUAAUCCCAGCCUAGACAGCAUCCCCAGAUGUCAAGACCUUAAUGUGGCCCUGUGAUGGGGGGAGCAAAGAGUAAGCCCAAGGACUCAGGCCAGUGCUCUCCCAGCCUGGAUGGGACUAUCAGCUCCCACUACCCCAAGCACACUCACCCCCAGACACAGACCCCCCAGCGCAGCCCGGCUGGUGCCUCGCAGCCCUGCAGCAGCAACACGGCGGAGCUCACUCCCUUUGGGGGCGUGGAGCCCAUGGGGGGUGGCCCGCUUGCAGGGGGUGUCACCACGUUCGUAGCACUGUAUGACUAUGAGUCUCGGACCGCCACGGACCUGUCUUUCAAGAAGGGAGAGAGGCUUCAGAUCGUCAACAACACGAGAAAGCUGAACAGCAGGGAAGGAGACUGGUGGCUGGCCCGCUCUCUCACGUCGGGGAACACUGGUUACGCUCCCAGUAAUUACGUAGCGCCUUCAGACUCCAUCCAGGCGGAAGAAUGGUACUUUGGAAAGAUCACUCGGAGGGAAUCGGAGAGGAUGCUGCUGAACCUGGAGAACCGGAGAGGAACCUUCCUGAUCCGGGAGAGCGAGACCACAAAGGGAGCCUACUGUCUCUCAGUUCUCGACUACGACAACACAAAAGGCCUGAAUGUGAAACACUACAAAAUCCGCAAGCUGGACAGCGGCGGGUUCUACAUCACGUCACGGACGCAGUUCAGCAACCUGCAGCAGCUGGUCAGCUACUACCACAAGCACGCAGAUGGACUGUGCUACUCUCUGACCGAGGUGUGUCCCACCCUGAAGCCCCAGACUCAGGGACUGGCCCGGGAUGCCUGGGAGAUACCGAGAGAGUCUCUGCGUUUGGAACUCAAACUGGGACAAGGCUGCUUCGGGGAGGUCUGGAUGGGCACUUGGAAUGGCACGACGCGGGUGGCAAUCAAGACCCUGAAACCAGGCACCAUGUCCCCUGAGGCCUUCCUGCAGGAGGCGCAGGUGAUGAAGAAGCUGCGGCAUGAGAAGCUGGUGCAGCUGUACGCCGUCGUCUCAGAGGAGCCCAUCUACAUCGUCACAGAGUACAUGAGCCAAGGUAGCCUGCUCGAUUUCCUGAAGGGAGACACGGGGAAGUUGUUGCGGCUCCCCCAGCUGGUGGAUGUGGCCUCUCAGAUUGCAGCGGGCAUGGCCUACGUAGAGAGGAUGAACUACGUUCACCGGGACCUGCGGGCAGCUAACAUCCUGGUCGGGGACAGUUUGGUGUGCAAGGUGGCUGACUUCGGACUGGCUCGACUCAUAGAGGACAAUGAAUACACAGCCAGACAGGGUGCUAAAUUCCCGAUAAAGUGGACAGCCCCAGAGGCAGCUCUGUAUGGACGCUUCACCAUCAAGUCAGACGUCUGGUCUUUCGGAGUCCUGCUGACUGAGCUUGCCACUAAGGGCCGGGUGCCCUACCCAGGGAUGGUGAAUCGGGAGGUGCUGGACCAGGUGGAGCGUGGCUACAGGAUGCCCUGUCCGGCCGAAUGCCCCGACUCGCUCCACGACUUAAUGCUGACCUGCUGGAGGAGGGAGGCUGAGGAGAGGCCCACUUUUGAAUACCUGCAGAGCUUUCUGGAGGACUAUUUCACUUCCACAGAGCCACAGUACCAGCCCGGAGAGAACCUCUAGAACUGAACCCACUGCCAGGGGUCUACCACUAGAGUGUGCCAUUCAAACACUGAUCCCUACCCUGCCAGGGGUCUACCACUAGAGUGCGCUUUUCAAACACUGACCCCAACCCUGCCAGGGGUCUACCACUAGAGUGUGCUGUCCACCUGCUCCCAGGUUCAUUUAUAAUUUAGUUUUAUUUUUGAAUGCUUGUAAAAAGCCUGGAUUCCUUCUGAUUUCAGGUCCCUUUUUGAUAGAUGAUGCUGGGGCUGGUAUCUUCUCAACUACCAUGUUUAGAAGGCUGCUUUACUGAUUUUCGACAGCCUGUUAUUUUUAAUUAGUUUUUUUUACUCAGUUAUGCUGGUAGGUUUUGUUUCUUGAAUGUGCCAUGUUCUCGGAUUCCCCGCGGCCUGCAGGCACUGGGAGGAAAAGAACCUAAUCAGUGCUUCCCAGGGCCUGUUGAAAAUCAAAACCUGAUUUUGCUGAUUUUUUUUUUUUUUCCCUUGUGACUUGUUAAAGAGAAAGUAUGUGAGUGGUAUGUUUUUAACUGUAUUCUUCCAAGCUUGUGGUCCUGUACUUCCACAGUCGAUAGGGACACAGAGGUUGGAAAGUAGGCCAGCUAGCCCAUGCUGCCCUCGGUACCUUGCCUGGGCGUGCGGACAGACUGUCGCUUCAUGUCUUCAUGAACAAUGAUGGUGUUGGCACUGUGCUGAGCCAACCUGGUUAAACUGGACUCUGGUGAGUGUGUUGUGCAGGGAUGUCACUGUGCUGACCCGACCUGGUUAAACUGGACUCUGGUGAGUGUGUUGUGCAGGGAUGUCAAGAUGAUAGCAGGGGUGUGUAUUUAGAUAUGUUUCCUGUCUUACAUGAGGCUUCCAUAACUUUGAGUGGAUAAGAUAUUUUUUGUACAAAAGUAGAUUCAAAUGUCAUUGUAAUGGCUGUUUUCCAUUCCCCUCUUUACUAUUUGAUGGGGUAACUACCGAUCUGAGGCUUAAGUUGCACCAAUCCCGAGUCUCCUUGUUCUCUAUUGUUUGGAGCUGCUUCUCUGGAGAAUCCAAAGUGCCAGGACUGAGCAGUCUUCCACAUUCCAUUCAAAUCGUGAUUUUUCAACUAGCCCCACUAUAUCUAUAGACAGCAUGAGUAGGUAGGGCUGGCAGAGCUGGAAACAUUGUCACAUGAUUUGAAAGGAAUGAGGAGGUUGUUCAGUCCCAGCACUUGAUUCUGCAGACAAGCCAAAAGCAGGUACAGGCAGCUUUAGAGACAAAUGAGAACUCGGUAUUGGAGCUACAAAAACCAAACCGAAACAUAGUAAAGGAUGUAAGAGAGCAAGUAAAAUUACAUUUGAUGCAAUUUGUAAUCCACACCCAGAAUGAGGGUCCCUGUCCAGAUGCACUGUAUACCAUUACUAGACUCCUAUCCUUGUCCAUCUGCACUGUAUAUCAGUACUAGACCCCUCUCCUUGUCCAUCUGCACUGUAUAUCAGUACUAGACCCCUAUUAUCUAUUAGCCAGACCAUUUAUUCAGAACUGAUUUAGUACAACCUUUAUUAUUAACUACAACUGUGUGUGUCCCAGACGUCGAAUAGGGGUGGGGUAGGGUAGGGAGGCUCCUUCAUUGUGGCCAGUGUGACAUGCUUUAAAACACAGUCCUUUUACUGUUAGCCACUUCAUGAUUUCUGGAUGUAGUUUUGUUGUUUCUUUUUUUGGUAAUUGAAAUGUUUUUUUUUUUUUUUUUUUUUUAUAUAUAUAUAUGUGUCUCCUGUUUCUACAUAAUGCUGCGUCUAUAGGAAAUGUGUUGCUGCCCCCUCUAAUAGCGACUGCAAGACCUGCUUCUACUGAUAACUGAUUUUAAAUUCCUAGCCAGGGUCUGUUUCAGAUUCAUCUAAAAUCUAAAAAGACUGUCUCUCCUGUAUUUUCCAUUUGGAAAUUCCUUUACCUUCCUCCAGUAUUUUCCCUAAUAGAACCCUUAUCCUGCCUGCAUGUGUUUUGUUCAGUCUAUACCUUCAUGUUCAUAUGACACUUCUGUUAGAGACCCACGUUGAACAGACUUUCUGUGAGCUUGUAAUCCUAAUUGGCCUAUUAAAGGCAUGUUGAACAGAAUCUUCUGUGAGCUGUACUGGAGUCUCAGUUCAGAGCACUUUGAACAGGCGGGACUGAUUUCAAACCGCGUUUAAUUUGACCCCAGAUGGAAAUGCAGAAUAAGAUCAUCCCAAAUGCUAAAUGGUUCUACUGAUUUUUCCUCUUUGAUAUAACUGGCUAAGGGUAUCAUUCUGGCAGUCCAGGGUAUGUCUGCCAAUUUCAAGGAUGGCUAGUAUAUAUAAGGACUGAUCUAAACAUGAACUAAUCUACAACUACGGUAAUGUAUGUUGAGCUGCAUACCCAUUAAGGUACUGUAAUCUGAUACAAUAGCAAGGUAAUGAUGAGCUACAUACGUUAAGGUACUGUAAUUUGAUACACAGAAUUGUGUCUCAAGUUGUGCAGAUUUCAGGAGUGGGGGUUCCGUUAAAGCUACACUGUUCCACAGUCCUAUGGGAGUAUGGUAGAUAUCCUGUCCUGACCAGCACUUUACUGUACAAUUGGCAGUGUUGAAUGCCUUAGUAAGAGCCAAGGGUUAUAGUACCCCUAUUGAAAUAUGCAUGAGACUUCUCACAUGCAUCAUUCCAGGACAUAGUGUGCUUACCAGUUGAUAGGAUUACAGACCGUACAGGAUGAGCAGGAUUCAGCAGAGAUGGCUGCUAGACUAGAAGUGUACAUUCCCGUAUGGAAAUGUCUGAAUCACAUCUCUGCCUCCACAAUAUUCUUCUGUGUGGCAGACCUGAUUGGCACCCUAGUUUGUUCUCUCGAAAGGUUCUUCCAGGUUCUUUUGACAUGGAUUUCCUGUAGAACAUAAAACAGUCUGCAUGUUUCCCGUAGGGGGCAGCAUAGAGUAGGAGUGCUCUCUUCCAUAUAAAAGUUACAUGAAACAGUUCAUAGGGGCAAUUGUAAGAAGCCCUGUGCUCCUUUUUAUUUAUUUUUUAAAUGUUUGUUAUAAAUUACUGCAACAUGCAGGUCUGUAUAACUCUAUCUUUACAGAACUUAAUGGUAUAUGGACAAGACUGUGAAGAAAUAUUGAAUAUGAAAUAACUCACUGCGAUGUAAACGGUAAGACUAACACCAAUAUAGCCUGCGUGCAUCUGAUAACAGUUCAAUGUUUACAAUCACCUAAACAUUUGAAGUAGCUGUAGCUGGCAAAAUAGUUUCACAAAAUAGUUCUGCUAUGCCCAUCCAUUCAUAAUAAAGCUCUCAAAUGUGCAGUUUUGAAAGAAGCACAAGUAAUAGCAAACACGUUUUCAUUUUAGAACACGUGGUUAAUGAAAUCUCUGUUUACACUUCCUGGAUCACCUGUAGAGAGAACUCAUCCCCAUCCCUUCAAUGCCAUGCUUCCAGCCAGGAACAAAACCCAGAACAUACAGAUAAUCUGAGAAGACAGACCAGCAACUGAGAGCAUCCUUUAACCUACAGUAGUACCAGAUAUCAUGUUUGACAUUUAAAAUCCAUGUGCUGGAACAACUUUCUUUAAAUCCUCUGAAUGAGAACGCAACAUAAGAGCAGCUGAACCUGGGUGAAUGAGAACACCACAAGAUCCCUAUUUUAAUGAUCUGAACAGUGGUGGAUCUUACUACCACUGCCCUUUGAUACUAUAUAAUGGAUGGACAGUGUGUAGAUGCACACUGAUAGAGGAUGGACAGUAUGUAGGUAUGAUCAGAUUAAUAGCCCCACUAGAGCCAUACAGAGAUGCUGAUAAGGCUACAGUAUUGUUGAGUUUUGUGAAUCUUCAGAUGGAUUAUAAAGGGGCUUGAACACAGCUAUUAGAGGCCCUGAAGAAUUCCAAGCGAUUUAGCCAGUGCUGUCAUGCCAGUGACACCCUUAGCAGUGCGGUCAGGCCACUGACUAAAUUAACCAGUGCGACCAUGCCAGUGACUCCCUUAGCCAGUGCCGUCAUGCCCCCAGACGCACCUCUGAAUGAGCACGAUACUGCCCUCUGCUGAUGAUUCUGUGCUGCAGCGGUGUUGGUUGUGAUCUUUAUUUCACUGUAUACGGUACACAUUUUUCUGAACCUCUGCAGAUCUGAAUUUUCACCUGUGCCAUUGAUUUGUAACCAUGUUAUUUAAAAUAUACAUAAUUUUGUUUUAACAGAAGGUGAUUUUUGGUAAGAAGAACUCAUGUAAAGUUUAUGAUGUGUUUUCUCCAGAAUGAAUGAAUGAAAUGAGAUACUUUAUACCUAAUUGCUGUGACAUGCCUCUUCAUGGUGUAAUAAAUACAAUUGAAAAUUGUUUUCUGAGAGUAGAUUUACUGUAUUCACAGGAACAAUCUAAUUUACUCUGCAGUUCGUUAGAGAUUGUUUGGGAUUUAAAAAUCCUGUUUUAUUCUCAGAGCUAAUAAAAAGAUACAAGGAUUAUAUAAAGC